UUCUUUUCUUUGUUUUUGUUUUUUGUAAUUUCCUCUUUACUCUCUCCUUCACAUUCCCACAUUACAUCAUAUCCAUUACACUCCUUAUACGCGCUGUUUUGCAUGUAUAAAUGCAAACCCAGUAGGCAUCAGAUCAGAUCCCACCCACAAAAGGAAAACAAAAUCUUUACACUGUGCUGCUUCAAAUCCUCUGAUCUCUUUCUUGUUGGACCAAAGUUGGUGAGAAAAUGGAGGAUAUACAUGGGACUUUACAUGUUACGAUCUAUGAAGUUGAUAAGCUUCAUAGUGGUGGUGGAGGUGGUCACUUCUUCCGGAAGCUUAUGGCUAAUGUUGAGGAGACAAUUGGUAUUGGCAAAGGAAUUCCCAAGAUUUACGCAACUAUUGACCUUGAAAGGGCUAGAGUUGGAAGAACCAGAACACUAGAAAAAGAAAUUUCCAACCCAAGGUGGUACGAGUCUUUUCACAUUUACUGUGCCCAUCGAGCUUCCAAUGUAGUAUUCUCUGUCAAGGAUGACAAUCCUAUUGGAGCCACACUGAUUGGAAGAGCAAAUGUACCUGUUGAAGAUCUCUUAAGUGGAGAAGAAGUGGAUAGGUGGAUUGAGAUCCUGGAUGAAGACAAGAAUCCUAUAGAAAGUGGUGCUAAAAUCCAUGUGAAGCUUCAAUAUUUUGAUGUGACGAGGGACCACAACUGGAAUCGUGGUAUCAUAAGUCGGAAAUUUCCUGGAGUUCCAUUUACAUUUUACUCACAGAGACAAGGAUGUAAGGUUUCUCUAUACCAGGAUGCUCAUAUCCCAGACGGAUUUGUUCCUAAAAUUCCUCUUGCUGGGGGCAAAUAUUUUGAGCCACACAGAUGUUGGGAAGAUGUUUUUGAUGCUAUCACCAAUGCUAAACACGUGAUCUACAUUACUGGUUGGUCUGUUUAUACCGAGAUCACUUUGGUGAGAGACUCUAGAAGGCCAAAGCCAGGGGGAGACAUCACUCUUGGUGAUCUGCUUAAAAAGAAAGCAAGUGAAGGUGUCAGGGUUAAUAUGCUUGUUUGGGAUGAUAGAACAUCUGUUGGUUUGCUGAAGAAGGAUGGACUAAUGGCAACCCAUGAUGAGGAAACUGAACACUUCUUCAAGGAUACUGAGGUAAACUGUGUCUUAUGCCCUCGUAAUCCAGACGAUGGUGGAAGUUUUGUCCAGGAUUUACAGAUUUCUACCAUGUUCACUCAUCACCAGAAAAUUGUUGUGGUGGAUGCUGCAAUGCCUAAUGGAGAUACAGAGAGAAGGAGAAUUGUGAGUUUUGUAGGAGGUAUUGAUCUUUGUGAUGGCAGAUAUGACACCCCUUUCCAUUCCCUUUUCAGGACCUUGGACACGGCUCACCAUGAUGAUUUCCAUCAGCCAAACUUUACUGGUGCUGCAAUCACCAAAGGUGGUCCAAGGGAACCUUGGCACGAUAUCCACUCCCGACUUGAAGGGCCAAUUGCUUGGGAUGUCUUGUUCAAUUUUGAGCAAAGAUGGAAACAACAAGGUGGUAAAGAUGUGCUUGUUAAGAUGAGGGAGCUUGAAGAUAUCAUCAUCCCCCCAUCUCCAGUUACGUUCCUCGAUGACCAUGAGACUUGGAAUGUGCAAUUAUUUAGAUCCAUUGAUGGUGGGGCUGCUUUUGGAUUCCCUGAGACACCUGAAGAGGCUGCCAGAGCUGGGCUUGUCAGUGGAAAGGACAAUAUUAUUGACCGAAGUAUUCAGGAUGCCUAUAUUAAUGCUAUCAGACGAGCAAAGAAUUACAUCUAUAUUGAAAAUCAGUAUUUCCUUGGAAGCUCCUUUGACUGGAGUCCUGAUGGCAUUAAGCCUGAGGAUAUCAAUGCUUUGCAUCUGAUUCCGAAAGAGCUUUCACUUAAGAUUGUUAGCAAGAUUAAGGCAGGAGAGAGGUUUACAGUUUAUGUUGUUGUCCCUAUGUGGCCAGAAGGAAUCCCAGAGAGUGCGUCAGUUCAGGCAAUAUUAGAUUGGCAGAAAAGGACAAUGGACAUGAUGUAUAGUGAUAUCAUUAAGGCUCUCAGAGAUAUGGGUCGUGAGGAGGAUCCCCGAAACUAUUUAACGUUCUUCUGCCUUGGGAACCGGGAGAUGAAGAAGAGUGGAGAAUAUGAACCUUCAGAAAAGCCGGAGCCUGAUACAGAUUAUGCCAGAGCCCAGGAGGCCCGCCGUUUCAUGAUCUAUGUUCAUGCCAAAAUGAUGAUUGUUGAUGAUGAAUACAUAAUAAUUGGAUCAGCCAACAUUAACCAACGAUCAAUGGAUGGUGCUAGAGACUCUGAGAUAGCCAUGGGAGCCUAUCAACCAUAUCAUCUAUCAGUUAGGCAACCAGCACGAGGUCAGGUCCAUGGUUUCCGUAUGGCACUGUGGUAUGAGCACCUUGGCAUGCUUGAUGAUACCUUCCUCUUUCCAGAAAGUGAGGAAUGUGUCAGGAAGGUGAACCAGAUUGCUGACAAAUAUUGGGAUCUGUAUUCAAGUGAGUCACUUGAGCGAGACUUGCCUGGACACCUCCUUCGCUACCCCAUUGGCAUUUCUAGUGAGGGAACCGUCACUGAACUGCCAGGCUUUGAGUUCUUCCCUGACACAAAGGCUCGUGUUCUUGGUGCCAAAUCUGAUUACCUCCCUCCUAUCCUCACUACUUAGGGGGUCUCAACCUUUUUCUUAAGUGAUAAUUUCUUACCUUCUCUAGUUAUGUGGCACUGGCUCUGGUAGUAGCAAUAAAUCAUGUUUUGUGAUUGUGUCAUAGCCUGCAGAGCAGCAGAGUUGCCAUUAUUUUUCUGUCAGGGUGUUCAUAUCUGAAACUAAAUAGCUGUGAUGCUGUGGUGUGAUUCUGAUGCUGACUGGCACAAAACUGAUGGCCUGUGUUUAUCUGAUUCUCGUAUGUUUUCUGUGGUUAUCGUAAUUACUAUCAGUUGUUACUACUUUGUGAGGAAGCAAUUCUGUAGUAGUUCGGCGAAAUUCUCAUGAA